AUGAUGUUAAGAGAAAAUUUCGAUUCCAUCGAAGAAUUUACAUCAGAUAUUUCUCCAACCACUACUAUAUGGAAAGAUAAUGGAAAUGGAAAAAAGUUAUUGCAUAAUAAAGAAAUUGGAAUGUUUAAUGAUAAUUGCAACAAAGGAAUGAAUAUGGAAGGUAUUCUGAAACCUGUGGAAAAUAUACUUUUCGAAUUUUUUCAACAUCGUUAUGUGUCUUCGGGAAAGCACAAAAAAAAUAAUACACAUAAACGACACUUAAGAAUGAUCGAAACAGUUAUCUAA